UUGGCUUGAUAUUUGUCUGGUAACCACGGCCCAUAAAAGAGGCUCGCGGGCGGUGGGCGGAGAGGGAGGUGCUGGGAUGGAGAAAGGACAACAUCUCUGAGACCUUCUGAGAGAAGCUCUAUUCAUGAUUGAAGUCUGCAGACGUUUGAAGGAUUUGAAGAAGCAUGUCCCCUCAAAGAAAGCCCUCGAGCAUCAGUCAGCAGAUCUCUUCGUCUCCGUUUUACUUCGCUCUCUACAUCAUUCUGGUUCUGCUGGGGAACGUGGGGAACACCACGGUCAUCUGCGUGGUCGGAGAAAGCCUUCUGCGCGAGGCCGGCGUCGUCCGAAGCUCUGACGUGAUUCUGGUCAACAUGGCUUUCUCCAACCUGAUGGUGUCCUUGGUUCGAAACACGCUCGUGAUGGUGUCCGAUCUCGGAGUGGAGAUUUUCCUCAAUAGAAAUAUGUGUCACCUCAUGAUGGGAAUCUGGGUUUGGCUGCGCUCUGCGAACGUUUGGUCGACGUUCUUUCUCAGCGCGUUUCACUUCCAGACGCUGCGGCCGGUGGCUCCGCCCGUCAUCGCCCUGCACGGCCCCCGGGGGCCCCCACUCACCCUCAUCCUCGGCUUCGCCCUCGUCUGGAGCCUCAACUUCAUCUACGCCAUCCCAGCGUUCAUCUUCUCCAAGAACGGAGACGAGAACUCCACCGAGACGCUGAUGCUGGUCAGCAGCACCACCCGGCCGCUGAUGGGCUGUAUUUGGGACUUUCCGUCGCCCUACAGCGGCCUGGCCUUCGCCACCUCCUCCAUGGUGAUCCACGAAUCCAUUCCCAUCUGUCUGAUGAACAUCACGAACCUGGGCUCGCUGCUGACGCUGUACGCUCACGGUCACUCGCGCACGGCCGGCAGCAAGGGCCAGGACGCCCCGGUCAUCACCCGGAUCCCCGCCGAGCGCCGCGCCGCUAAAGUCAUUUUGACUCUGAACAUCCUCUUCAUCUCGUCUUGGGGAACCAACGUGAUCUCGGUCAACUACUUCAACUAUAACCGGGGAUCUUCCACGGAGUUCCUGCUCAUCGUCGCCCGCUUCGCCAACAUGAGCUUCAUCGCGUUCUCGCCCGUCGUCCUCGCCGUGGGCCACAGGAAGCUGCGGGCGUUUAUAAAGUCAGUCCUGUCACGAAUCAUCUCUCUGUUCACAUAGACGACUGAUAUAUCAGAGACUGAAAUGGUUUCCGCUGUCGAAUCUGAAUUCAUCGCCAGUCGAAUCUGAAUUCUGUGUGACUGAAGAACAGUCUCGGACUACAUCAUGUCUGUAUCUGUAUCUUUUAGACUGAUUAAA